UGUAUAUGUGCGUGCGUGCGUCGUAAGAGGGACACAAGCCGUCCGCUGUCAAAAUAGUAUUUAUUUAGAUCUGUAAAAAUGUCAAGUUUGUACGAGCAAAUAAAAAUGCUGUACGAUCAAGAGUUGUAUUCAAAUGUGAUCACUCUAGCAAAUUUCAUUUUAUCGCUGAGCGAUCACAACAGCGAGCUUCUUCCACCGCAGGCAAAAUUCUUAACGUAUGUCCAUUGUGCCGAUUCGUACUUUCAUCUUUCCAAGUAUCGCAAGGCUGAAUCGUUGUACAAAAAGUCCUUGCAGUUUCGUAAAUGCCUUUUGAAAUCUAAAGGCGCUACCAAACCGCCAUCUGAAGGACAGAAAGAACUCAUGUCAGACAUAGACAUCAAAUAUCAAAUACAUUUGUGCCUGGUCAAGCUCAAAAAUACUCAAGAAGCCUUGCAAGUACUUCAGGGAAUACCUGGCAAACAAAGAUCCGCAAAAGUGAACAUGGCUCUAGCAAAAAUGUUCCAAGAACAAGGAAUGGAAAGAUCAGCAAUUACAACAUACAAGGAGGUUUUACGAGAAUGUCCAUUGGCUCUUAAUGCAGUAGAAGGACUCCUUGCUUUGGGUGUAAAAGGGAUCGAAGUAAAUUCCAUGAUUGUUAAUUCUAUAACCAAUUCACCGAGUCUGGAUUGGUUGAACAUGUGGAUUAAAGGACACGCACAUAUUCACAAUCGUGAAUACAGUCAUGCAAUCACAGCAUUCAGGUCACUGGACAAUGCCAAUUACCUUAGAGACAAUGUUACUUUAUUGAUAACAAUGGGCGAAUGUUACUACUCUGCUGGUGACGACAAAAAUGCCUUGACAUGUUUGCGACGGGCCAGAACUAUAGAACCUGAUUUGACGAAAGGCCUGGACAUAUACGCCGCAGUGUUGUAUAAGACGCAAAAUACCAAGGAACUUGAGAAAUUAAUCCCAGCUAUUACACAGACUUCCGAAUACACGGCUGAACAGUACAUAGCUAUGGCCUAUGCCUUGUAUGCUGCACGAAAAUUUAGCAGAGCAAGUACCCUGAUUGUUCAAGCGAUAAACCUGAGCCCCUAUAGUAUCGAAGCAAUUAUAUUAUGGGGAAAUAUCCUUAUCGAUCAAAAAAAAUAUCAGGAGGCAUUGCACCAUUUUAGAAAAGCUGCUCUACUCAAGCCACAUAGAUACGAACCACAUAAAGGACUCGUUGAUUGUUAUGUUGGAAUGCACAGGCUUAGGGAAGCAUUGAAUAUCGCCAGUACAGGCUGCAAAUUAUUGGGACACACGCCUCGCGCUUUGACGCUUUAUUCGUCGGUUUUGAUGAAGGACCCUGUAUCAGUUGGCAAAGCGAAAAACUUGUUGGAAAAAGCAUUGAGUCAAGAGGAGUCAUAUUUGCCAGCUGUUUAUUUGUUGGCUGAAAUAUACGAACAGGAGAUGAACUUAGAAGCUGCUAUUGAAUUACUUGAGAGACAAGUAGAAAUAUUACCUACUUCUAAAUUCCAUCAGAUGUUGGGUGAUUUGUGGGCUAGAAUUCAUAAUCAAGAAAAAGCAUUGGAUCAUUACGCCAUCGCCUUGAAUUUAGAUCCAUGCAAUCGACGGGCUCUGGAAGGGCUUCAUCGGUUAGACAGUACUUCAACGAAAUUGGAAUCGACUUAUUAUAUGACUGUAGGUGACGAACAUGCAGAUACAACUUAUGAUGUAGGAGAUGGUUUGCCAGAUACCGACAACGACGAGGGUGCUGACGAAAGUGAAACAGAAGCUGUUUGGUCUGACAUGGAUCUGGAAGCGAAUAGUCAAUAGGGUAACUUACAAUUAGAGUGUUUGAAAGUAGUUUGCUACUGAAACUAAAGAGUAUUUUUCAUCUUGGCGGCAAUGAUUUCCCUCUGAUAUCAUAUAACGAUGAAAUU